GCUGUGUCUCCUGCAGGAGCUCAAGGACUGAAGGACACCGCAAAGCGCAGCUUCUAAGCGGCUUUAAUCGGCUAAUUUGGCCCCGGUGGCCUUUCGCAGGCUGCAGGUGAACGCACCGGAGUUGAAGACACCCGCAGCCCGAUGUGUGAACCCCUUCACACCGAAAUCCACUUCAGAUGGUCUUCACUCUUCAACAUGGGCUUCUAAGUGAGAUGUGGAUUUUCUCAACGUUAUUUUAAGAGGUAAUUUGAGGAUUUUAACGCGUCUUUGAUCAAACUUCCUCUGAGUUUCUUCACGCUGCAAAAUGCUCUUUCUCAAGAAAACAGACGGAACUUUAUCACUAUCGAUUACAUUUAUAUGAGUUGACGUUUUAAUGUGUUUCACUGUGUAAAUAGGAUCAAAUUUCACCUGCUUCCAUUCUGUUUUACGCGAGUUUUUGCGUAAAGUGCGCACCGGAGCGCCCUGGAGCAGCACAGUAGAGUCCGGUAGAGUGUUGAGUCGAGUCUCCAUGGCACUAUGAUGAAACCACUGUGUGAGGACCAGAGUCCGGCUCGGUAUACAUGAGAGCCCGGUGGCCGCGUUGCUGUGGCUCGGACCGGGACGGAGCGGAGGAGCCGCGGCGGAGAUGGCAGCCAACCUGAGCGCGGCGGCGGAGGCGGAGGCGCCGCUCCCAGACUCGGCCGCGGCGACGCGAUACAACUGGCCGGCCCUGGUGUUCGGGGUGCUGCUGAUCGUGGUGAUCAUCUGCGGGAACCUGCUGGUGUGUCUGAGCGUGUUCACCGAGAAGGCGCUGAAGACCACCACUAACUACUUCAUCGUCAGUCUGGCGGUGGCGGAUCUGAUGCUCGCGGUGCUCGUGCUGCCGCUCUUCGUCUUCUCAGAGUUUCAGGACGGCGUGUGGACCCUCAGCACCACCGUCUGUGACGGUCUGAUGACCAUGGAUGUGAUGCUGUGCACCGCCUCCAUCUUCAACCUCUGCGCCAUCAGCAUCGACAGGUUCAUCGCCGUGUUGAUCCCUCUCAACUACAACAGGAAGCACGUGGACCUGCGGCAGACGGUGCUGCUGUCGGCCACCUGGAUCCUGGCCCUAGCCGUGGCCUCGCCCGUCAUGUUCGGCAUCAAUAACGUGCCUGGUCGCGACCCUGGCGAGUGCAAACUGGAGAACGACAACUACGUCCUCUACUCGUCUGUGUGCUCUUUCUUCAUCCCCUGCCCCAUUAUGCUGCUGCUGUAUUGCGGCAUGUUUCGUGGCCUGCGGCGCUGGGAGGAGGCGCGUAAAGCCAAGCUGAGGAACAGCAUCCAGGCGUGCCGCAAGCUGCAGGAGGCCGCCGCCUCGCUGCCGCCACUGGCUUCCCUGCCGCCGCCGCUGCCACCCAUCAUAGAGCGGGAACUGACAGAUACUCCGGAUGAACCGUCCACCUUCCCGUCCACGGAUCGGCCCUUCCACUCAGAGUACAAAGACGGACCCGUGCGGACGGUGAGCUUUGCGGAGAUCAGGUUCAACCCUGACCCUCACAGGAGGAAGAGGGCCAAGAUCAACAGUCGGGAGAGGAAGGCCAUGAAGGUGCUACCUGUUGUUGUGGUGAGGCUGAUACCUGGAUAUAGGCCCAAUGAUGGAAAGGUAGCAGCUAAGAAGACACGACAUGUAGAUAAGACUGGAGAGCCUGUAGUCACCUCGCGACACCAAGCUAAAGCUGGGCAGACACGGUGCCUUCCUGUUCUGCUGGACUCCCUUCUUUGUCCUGCACACAAUGCGAGCUCGCUGUCAGGACUGCCACGUCCCACCGGCCCUGAUGAGCGUGGUGACGUGGCUCGGGUACGUCAACAGUGCUCUGAACCCCGUCAUCUACACUGUCUUCAACACAGAGUUCAGGAACUUCUUCAAAAAGUUUCUGCACCGCUGCUGCUCCUAGAACUGCAACGCUACCGCUGCAUGGACCAUUUCUAAACGUACAACAGCUGCAAUAGUCGCUAAUGACUGUUGGAUUUAGUGUCUUUAGUCUGUGAAUGUUGCCAUUGUUUCCGUCCUCUGUGAGGUUUUUAAUUUUUUUUUUACAUGUGACGACAGCAAAGUUUGUUUGAGCUUCAAGUUUCCUGUUAAGAAGUUUCAGUCUGAAGAACAAACUGUACAUAGGAUCAGCAACACAUCUACAUCAUAUUACCAACAAGAACCGAUUUUAUAUGUGGCAAUUCAUCUUUUCAGAAUAAAAGUUUUCACUAAAAAUCGGGUUGUGUGUAGUGCA